CCCUCCCGGGCCGGCUCGGCGCUGACUCCGCCGCACGCUGCAGCCGCGGCUGGAAGAUGGCGGGGACCGACUGCGGCGCGCUGCUGGACGACGAGCUCUCCUCCUUCUUCCUCAACUAUCUGGCCGACACGCAGAGUUGGGGUUCCGGGGAAGAACAACUCUACGCCGACUUUCCGGAGCUUGACCUCUCCCAGCUGGAUGCCAGUGACCUGGACUCGGCUCCCGGCUUCGGGGAGUCUCAGUGGUGUCCAGAGAACCCCGAGACAGAGCCCAGCCCGUACAGCCCCGAUGAUUUGGAGCUUUUCCAGAUCAUUGGCAGCGAGAAUGAGGCCCUGCUUGCGGCCUUCACCAAGACCCUGGACGACAUCCCCGAAGACGAUGUGGGUCUGGCCGCCUUCCCAGCACUGGACGGUGGAGAUGUGCUGUCCCACGCUUCGUCCUCGCCUGCUCCCUCCUCCGCGCCCCCCAGCCCGUCCCCGGAGGAGCCCCCAGCCCCGGUCUCUGAAGUGGAUGAGCUCUCCCUGCUGCAGAAGCUCCUCCUCGCUACGUCCUACCCCGCGUCGAGCUCGGACACGCAGAAGGACGGGACCCCCUCGUGCCAGCCAGGCCUCCGGUCCAAGAGUCAGCGGUCUUGUGUCAAGGUGGACGGCACCCACGACAGGAGGGGCCCCCUGACUCCGCCCCAGAGCCGGAGCUGUUCGGAGCUGCAUAAGCACCUCGUCUCUGCGUCCCCCUGCCUCCAGGCCAGGUGCCUGCAGCCCCCAGCACCUCCAAGCCCCGACCUCCCCGAGCAGGAGGAGGUGGAACUGGGCGAGGACUGCCCGAGCCCCCAGCCCACCCCAGUCUCCCCCCAGGCAGCCCCCGCGCCGGGCGGGACAGGCCCCAGCACCUCGGUUUCCCAGGAAGACAUGCAGGUCAUGGUCCAGCUCAUCCGCUACAUGCACACCUACUGUCUCCCCCAGAGGAAGCUGCCCCCGCCAGCCCCGCAGCCAGCCCCCCAGCCCUGCAACAGCCCCUCCAGGCAGGCCCGUGCCCGGCCUGGUCCCCAGCACCCCUCCAAACCCUCCUGGGCCGAGUUCUCCAUCCUGAGGGAACUUCUGGCUCAAGACCUCCUCUGUGACGUCAGCAAGCCCUACCGCCUGGCCACGCCUGUCUAUGCCUCCCUCACCCCUCGGCCCUGGCCCCCCAAAGACAGCCCUGCCUCCCACGGGGAUGAGGUGAGAGUCGCGGGCUCGCCCAGGAACGCAGGGCCCCGGCCCAGCCUGCGCCCUCUGAAGCUCGACAUGAGGGGCCGGCUCGGCCGGUCGGCCAGGCUGAAGGACGAGGAAGAGGAAGAAGAAGAAGAAGAAAAAGAAGAGGAGGACGAGGACGAGGAGGACGAGGAGGACGAGGAGGAGUGGGGUCGGAAAAGGCCAGCUCGAAGCCUGCCAUGGACCAGGCUGGGGCGGAGGCAGGAUGGCCCAGGCCCUGUGCGGCGCUCACGCAGACUGAACCCUGAGCUGAAUCCCUGGCUGGGUCGCACGGACGAGGCUGUAGGGCCCGCUGAGCCCCAGGCAGCCCUGGCCUCCCCACACCUGGACCCCAAGACCUGCGACGUGGACGAGGAGAGCGCUCAGGACCAGCCGCUCCUGCAGGGACCUCAGACCCCGACGCUGGAGAGCCCCUGUGAGAGCGGAUGUGGGGAUGCCGAGGAGGACCCAGGCUGUCCACAGCUUCCGGCCAGAGACUCUCCCAGGUGCCUCAUGCUCGCCUUGUCACAAAGUGACCCUCCUUUUGGCAAGAAGAGCUUCGAGCAGACCCUCAGCGUGGAGCUCUGCGGCACCGCAGGACUCACCCCGCCCACCACGCCCCCAUACAAGCCCGCCGAAGAGGACCCCUUCAAACCUGACAUCAAACACAGCCCGGGCCGGCCCGGGGCUGCUGGCCUCCCACUGGUGGCCGCCACCGCAGGCACCGUCGCCCACCGGCCACCCAGGAAACAGCCCGAGCGGCAUGAGCUGCUGUCCCAGCUCCGGCUGGCUGCCGCCGCCGCCACACCCCCAGCCGCCUCGCAGGCCGGCCAGAAGCGCCCCUUCUCCUGCUCCUUUGGAGACCACGACUACUGCGAGGUGCUCAAGCCCGACAGCGCCCUGCAGAGGAAGGUGCUGAGGUCCUGGGAGCCGGCCGGGCUGGCCCUGAACAACCGGGAGGAGGACAGUGCGCUGCUGAGGGACCACGAGAUCCGCGCCAGCCUCACCAAGCACUUCGGGCUCCUGGAGAGCGCCCUGGAGGACGAGGACCUGGCCUCGUGCAAGAGCCCUGAGUACGACACCGUCUUCGAGGACGGCAGCAGCAGCAGCAGCGAGAGCAGCUUCCUCCUGGAGGAGGACGGGGAGGAGGACAAUGAGGAGGGGGACUCGGGGGUCAGCCCCCCUUGCUCUGACCACUGCCCCUAUCAGAGCCCCCCGAGCAAGGCUGUGCGGCCCCCGUGUUCCCGUAGCCGCUCCAGCUCCGGCUCGUCGUGCCGCUCCCGCUCACCAGCCUCCCGGAGGCCCUUCAGAUGCGGAAGCAGAGGGCCAUGCUCCGAUGGGACACCCAGCUCCCGGCAUGCCAUGAAGCGGCGGGAAAAGGCCAUUGGUGAAGGUCGCGUGGUGUACAUCCGAAACCUCUCCAGCGACAUGAGCUCCCUCGAGCUGAAGAGGCGCUUUGAGGUGUUCGGGGAGAUUGUAGAGUGCCAGGUGCUGAGCAGGAGCAAGAGGGGCGAGAAGUCCGGCUUCAUCACCUACCGGUGCUCGGAGCACGCGGCCCUCUCGCUGCGGAAAGGCGCAGCGCUGCGCAGACGCAACGAGCCCUCCUUCCAGCUGAGCUACGGAGGGCUCCAGCACUUCCGCUGGCCCCGGUACACUGACUAUGAUUCCAAUUCAGAAGAGGCCCUUCCUGCGUCAGUGAAAAACAAGUACGAAGCCAUGGAUUUUGACAGCCUACUGAAGGAGGCCCAGCGGAGCCUGCAUUGAUAACAGCCUUAACCUUCGAGGAAUACCUCAAUACCUCAGACAAGGCCCUUCCAAUAUGUUUACGUUUUCAAAGAAAUUAAGUCUACGAGAAGGAGCGAGAGCGAGCGCGUGAGAGAGCGAGAGACCUGAAACUGCUGUCCUUUCCAAACGAAUCAAUGUUUACAUCGAACAAAGCUGCUUCUGUCCGUGAGUCCCCCAUGGUGUGACGACCCACUGCCACCGUAGGUCCUUGCUUCUGCCGGCCGCCCCCGCCCGCGACCCCAUAGACGUGCAGCCGUGCUCACCAUGACAUUUCUUGUCUGUAGUGUGUGAUGAUGAAAUUGUUACUCGUGAAUAGAAUCAGGAUUAUAAACUCCUUUUUAAUUGAAGAAAAAAAAAAGUAUAUCCUUAAAAAAAAUAAUAAUGUAUUUAUAGCUCAGAUGUCCUGGGCCCAGGAUUAUUGUAUUGCUUCCUUGAUUUUUUAACUAUGCACUGUUGUGAGGCGUUUGCCACUGAGCUGCUCUGCUCCCUUGGUCAGUCUG